AUGGCUUCUCCCGUCGUCCUCGUCCUCGGCGCAGGCAGUCGUGUUGGCGCUGGCAUUGCUCGCAACUUCGCCGCGGCAGGUUACUCCGUUGGUGUCGUCUCACGAAGCAACCCAUCUCCGCCCUCUGUCGACCCUGAGACGUCCUACCUCAGAAUCCGAGCAGACGUCUCUGUUCCCUCUGAGGUCGCCGACGCGUUCGCGGCCACGAAGAAGCAGUUUGGAAACCCGCCCAAGGUGGUAGUCUACAAUGCGGCCACCGUCUCCCAGCCUCCUGAUGCCGAAAACCUUCUUAGCCUUGGAAUAGAGCAGUUUGAAGCCGACGUCAGGGUUAACGCCACCGCGGCGUGGGUCGCUGCUGGAGAGGCGGCCAAGGGGUGGAACGAGGCCGGGGAGAAGAACGGCAGAUUUAUUUUCACCGGCAAUGGCCUGAAUACCAAGCCUGUGCCGGUGCCACUGUUCCUCACUUUGGGGGCGGGAAAGAGUCUGGCCUGGUAUUGGGUCGGGGCAGCGGAUGGGUUCUAUCAGAGCAAGGGAUGGAGAUUCUUCUACGCUGAUGAAAGGAAGGCGGAUGGGAGCAACGCGGGCGGUGAUCUUGGUGCCGAGUCGCAUGGCAAGUUCUACUUGCAUCUUGCUGAGGGGUAUGUGGAGGAGUUGCCGUCGGCUGUAACGUUUGUCGAUGGGGAAUACAAGAAGUUUUGA